AUGUGGCAAAGUUUAGCUGAUAAUGUCACUCAGCCUAUAGCAGUCUUCGCAUCAAAAGGACCAGUUAAAGGCGUUGAAUUGGCUCAGUUAGUCUUGAGGGCUAUCUUAUUACUGGAAGACGCUGGACUACAAGUACUAGGUUUGACAUGUGACGGAGCUUCAACAAAUAAAACCAUGUGUAAGACAUUCGGUAUAAGUGGGAUUCAAUCAGAAUUCAAUAAUUCUUUUGAUAAUCCUUUUGACGAGAGUCGUAAAGUCUUCGUGUUUUUUGAUGCUCCUCACAUUAUCAAAAACAUCAGAAACCGACUGGUACAGAAUAAACAGUUAAAAGACUCAUUAGAAAAAUUUUUUGGAAUUAUUAGACAAGCUUCAGGUCCCAAUGAUCAUCCAUCCACUCCGACAUUCAUUCAACUCUAUAGACUUCUCUCAGUAUACUCUUUGGUAAAGCCACCCAAAACUGGAAAUUGUUCAUUAUCUGGAGAUUCUGAUUACAUACCAUAUAUAAGUAUUGGUGACUUAAAAGAUGCAAUGAAAGAAAACUCCACACAAAUUAGAGAUGCUAAAAUUUUAACACUUAGACAUCAUAUUGACCAAGUGAUUGAAGAAGGACUUUGGGAUGUUGAUGACAUUUUUAGGAAUAACGAUUUUGCUGAUGCCGAAACAUUUGAAUGUGUCGUUUAUUAUGUAGCAGGAUAUUUAGCAAAAUGUGUGAGCAAGAAAACGAGUUGUAGUGCAUGUUUAUCUGGAAUAAAAAACACUGACAACCAUUCCAAUACACAGGCUGCAAAGCUUCUUAACCUAAAGUCUCGUGGUUACUUAACACAUCCUGAUAGCAAUUUUUUCAUGCUUCUAAAACAAAUUGAGAAGUGUUUUGUUAAACACAAAGACAGCCAAAAUGUAUUUGACGACACAGUAGAUGAAUUUUUUAAUAAUAAUUACCUUGUUCCUUUUCCGUGUGCAAUCCACAAAGAAGAUAUGGUUGAAUUUAUAUUUACAUCAUAUAUUGCAAUGAGAAUGAGACAAUACGCAUACAUGACUAAUCACGAAACAAAAAGUACUAACAAAGUUAAAAAAAAAAUAGCCAAAUUGGUAUCAAAAUAG